CGUCCACUGCACUCGGGCUAUCAGCGAGGGAGAAUUAAAGCCCGUGGAAAAAAAUCUAUAACGGGAGAAUAAGAACACGUAAUGGGACCCUAACAUGCCGCAAGUGGAACCAUUAAAAUACGGGCAUUCUGGGAUGGAGCAGGCGACAGCGGGACUGGAGCGAGGAUGUCUCAUAAGACAACAAGGCUCAGCAUCUACUGCCCAAACGCUGGAAAUAUGAGAUGAACGCAGGCUGGAAUGGACCGGGCGGAAGAUGGUCAAAUUCGCGAUUUCCUGGAUGAGACCUCCUCGGCAAUUUGAACGUCUCCUACCUAAGUCUGCAUGUCGCCUCCUGCACGGUACUCCUCCUGGCCUCUGUGCCGCUAUGUGGAAACGGACACACAGCACCUUAUUUAUACAAGUAACGCUUUGCAGUGCUGUUAAUCGGCUAAAUUGAAAGUCCAUAUUCGCCUGGCGUUAUCAGCGAUUAAUUAUCAUGCAACAUUCACGGAAUCUGGAAACUAGAUGUGAUAUCUGCGUUGGUCCCACAAUAAUCAGCCAAUACUGAAAUGGUAAUUAAAGCUAAAACAAACAACGGGAUAUCGACAUCCUUAGACUUUUCCCUCAGGGUUUUACAAGCUACCAAUGCAUGCAAAUGCGGUUUCUCCUCCUUGAUCACUUCCCUGGAAUGAUACUUGUUUCCAUCAGCUGCUUCGCCAGUAGAGACGUGCUAUGACAGGCCGGCAAGUCAAAGCAAAUACCAGCGCACGUUGAUGAACUAGACUGACCGGCCUCGGCGCCGGGAUCAGACAGAAAUUAAGCUGCCUCUCUCAGACAGCGGAAACUAGGAUCAUCUCCCUUCCUCGCCUUGGCAGAGCACCGCAGCCUGAAAGGAACAUUCCUCUCGGGAAUGUCGUGGCUAUUACAAGGAACUUGUAGCUGAGCUGUAAACAGGUUCAUGCCGUGGCAACUGUUGAAGUUUGAAGGUUAAAAACUCUGCCCUCUCUGUAUCAGGGAGGUUCUUCACGUUAAAACGCUGAUGUGCAUGUUAGUGGUUCUGUUUUCACGUGUUGAUCCAAAAUCCUGCAAAUACCAGAAGUGGUCUAAUCUGUGAGAAAGCCCCCCCCCCAUGGCUUUCAAACAUCUUGUGUUUUACUGCUAAACAGGAAAUGCAAUGCAUUGAUUUCCUCCAAUGCCCGCAUUGUAAAUAACUCUGUGGAUAUAUUUUGUAUGUCUUUUUAUUCUUGCUAGAUACACGCCAUUUUUGAUCACUAUCCGAUGACUUUCUGGACAAUGAUGUUAUUGCGGUGUCCUGGAUGUGUACCCCCCCCCACUUAUUUUCUCGGGGUGUCCCAUUUGGCUGCUGAGAUGCUGAAAGACAGUGAAUGCGUUUACUUCUGGACACACCUUUUCCUGCUUUUGCUGGUCGAAUGAUUUUGAGCAUGUGCAAAGGAAAGAGGAACCAGGCAUGAGACUGCACAGACUGGGGAGAUGUGUCAGAAGGAACGCGGGAGGAUUUAUGAGUGGCACUAUGGAAGACAUGGUGCAGAGUGUUACAAGCUUGAAGUCUACAAGAGGGAGAAUUAUGGGCCUUUGCUGUGAGAUAAUUGUAUUUUCUCCUCUUUGAGACCAACUUCUGGAUCGGAAUUGGCACUCCACUAAUCAAAUUACUAUUUGAAUUUAGAACUUCCUCCCCUUUUUUUUUCUCCACUCUAGUCUCCCAGUUCUUUGGCGGGAGGAAAUUCUUCCUGUUUGAAGCAGGAAGUUGUCAGCACGAAGUUUACAGCAUAUACAAACACAUGGUAAGGGUUGUUGUUGUGGUCUAAACAACCUCUUUAGUCUCUUCCCAAUCAGUGGAUCUCAGUAUGUCUCGCUGAAUACAACAGUAAGGUCCCUUGUCAACGUUUGUGCUCUUGGGAGAAACAAAACAAACAGAUCCUCCUUUCAGAGCACAUUCAGAGACUCAUUCCCUAUCGCUGUGGUGAUGGGGAGCUCAGCCUCGUCUCUCACUGCAGAGACCGAGUCAGACCAUGGCUUCCGCAGCACCCCAUACCCGUCGUCACCCCCGGUGGGCUGGCUCAGGAACAGCCACAGCAGCCCAGUGUGGGGCACCACCUUCAUCACGCGUCAGCAGCAACAGCCGCUGCCUCACAGAGAGCGCAGCCACUCUCACUCUCCUGGCUCCAUGGCAGCAGCAGUGCGAGGCAAUGAGUGGUCAUGUGGACGCUGCACCUUCCUAAAUGCCAGCGCGGCACCUCGCUGUUCCAUUUGUGAGGCACCACGCCAGAAACCCGACCUUAACCAGAUCCUGCGGCUGAGCAGCACUGAGGAGCAUCGCUGGGCCUGUCCACGCUGUACACUCAACAACCCCCAGGGAUCUGGAGCCUGCUCCGUCUGCGGCUUUGGACCGUCCCCUGCUACUCACACACCCCCUACAACUACCAUAGCCGCCACUGCCAACGGCCUCCCGUCCGCUCCGCCCGAAUCCCCGACACCUACUGUCACCCCUACAGUUCUUCUUGAGCCCCAUGGACCUCAUCCAGCUAAGGAGGAAGUGCUGCGACGAUCUGAGAGCAACGGAGAAGUGGUUAUCCUGGAGGGGCAGCACUCCGGCUGGGCUUGCCCUCGCUGCACACUUCAUAACACACCUGUGGCACUGUCAUGCUCAGCCUGUGGUGGGCCCAGGAAACUCUCAUUGCCUAAAAUUCCCCCUGAAGCAUUAGUGGUGCCUGAGGUGCGCACACCUGUGCUGGGGUUUCCUGUAAAUACAGCAGGGGCUGCACCUCUACUCAUAGACUUAACAGAUGACUCUCCCCCACCCCCUCCCUGUGAUCCUCAAGAACCUCCUCAUGCCUCUUCACAGACCCUUUCCACCCCUUUUACUUCUUUCUCUUCCUCCCUCCAAAACAACCCUGUUCCCCGCAGCAGGAGAGAGGUACCCCCUCCAGGGCGCCCACCAAACCCAGGCACCAACACCCCUAGCCCUACUUCCCCUUCAGCGGCCACUGUUCCACCCCAGCCAGGCCCACAGCGCCCAGCCAAGCCCAAACAUGCCCAACCCCAGGAACCUCCAUACCCCAGCAAGCGCCUCAGUAUCUUGGAGGAAGAAGACCCACAGCAGCAUCCACUGACCCCCCACCUCCCUGUUGCUUCCUCAGCCGCCCCCACCUGGAAGUGCCCUAGCUGCUCAUUGCCCAACCCAGGUGGCUUCUCUAAGUGCGAGGCCUGCCGAUCAACACGGGCAGGUGCUGACCUCAUUGACCUGGUAGGAUGCGAGACGGUACGAUUUACCCCGGCCAGCCCCUCCAGUCCGGACUUUAGCACCUGGGCCUGCUCCAAGUGCACGCUGCGCAACCCUACAGGUGCACCGAAGUGCUCAGCCUGUGGUUCUUCCAAGCUGCAUGGAUUUCAGGAGCAGCAGGCGCCCCUGCCCCGCUGCUGUACACACUGUGGCCUCCCAUUGGGACCUGGCACUGCAUCAUGCUCCUGCACACCUUCCUCUUCUUCAUCCUCCCAGGGUCAUAAAACACGGAAACAGGCCCGGGGCCUCCCUCCCUCCUCUUCAGCUAUUGCUUCUAGUUCCUCUUCCUCCUCCACCUCAUCUAGCCUUCAGGAGAAGGUAGGACAGUGGAGCUGCCCUGCAUGUACGCUGCUCAAUGACAUCAAAGCAAAGUACUGUGUGGCAUGCCACACAGCCCAGCAGUACCUCACCCUUCGCAAGGUGGUUAAGCCUCUUAAAAGGAGGGAGAGCAUGCAUGUAGAGGCCCGUCGACGAAAUGACGAGGGUGAGGCCAAGGAGCUUUGGGAGAACAUUGUCAGCUUCUGCAGAGAGAACUCUGUGAACUUUGUGGAUGACAGUUUCCCCCCGGGACCUCGCUCAGUGGGCUUCCCCGAGGGUGACAGCGUCCAGCAGCGAAUCAAAAAGUGGCUCCGUCCCCACGAGAUCAACUGCAGCAACUUCAAAGACCGAGGAGUCAAGUGGUCCGUCUUCCGCACACCACGGCCGUCUGACAUCCUGCAAGGCCUGCUCGGAAACUGCUGGUUCCUGAGCGCACUGGCGGUGCUCGCAGAGCGCCCGGAGCUGGUGGAGAGGGUGAUGAUCACCAGGACCAUCUGCACAGAGGGCGCCUACCAAGUUCGGUUAUGUAAAGACGGGACGUGGACGACGGUACUUGUGGACGACAUGCUGCCGUGCGAUGACUAUGGCUACCUCCUCUUUUCCCAGGCCCAGAGGAAGCAGCUAUGGGUGGCGCUGAUUGAGAAGGCCUUGGCUAAACUCCAUGGCUCCUACUUUGCCCUGCAGGCAGGGCGCGCCAUCGAGGGCCUGGCCACUCUGACGGGGGCUCCCUGUGACUCCCUGAUGCUCCAGGUCAGCUCCACCAACCCUCGGGAGGAACCCAUCGAUACAGACCUCAUCUGGGCCAAGAUGCUGAGCUCCAAGGAGGCAGGGUUUCUGAUGGGUGCAUCUUGUGGAGGAGGCAACAUGAAAGUAGAUGACGCUGUCUAUGAGUCUCUGGGUCUGCGGCCUCGACAUGCCUAUUCCGUCCUGGACGUACGAGAUGUCCAGGGUUACAGGUUGUUGCGGCUGCGUAACCCGUGGGGUCGCUUCUCGUGGAACGGCAGCUGGUCGGACGAGUGGACAGACUGGCCACAGCACCUGCGUCACGAGCUGAUGGCGCAUGGCAGCAGCGAGGGUGUCUUCUGGAUGGAGUACAGCGACUUUAUCAAGUACUUUGACUCAGUGGACAUCUGUAAGAUUCACUCAGACUGGCAGGAGGUGAGGCUACAGGGCUGCUUCCCCAGCAAGGCCAGCGGGCCGGUCACUGUCACAGCCCUCACUGUGCUGGAGAGGACGGCGUUGGAGUUUGCGCUCUUCCAGGAGGGAAGCAGGCGUUCGGACACAGCUGACAGCCACCUACUGGACCUAUGCAUCAUGGUGUUUCGUGCCUCCUUCGGCAACGGCAACAAGCUGACCCUGGGACGCUUGUUGGCUCACAGCAAGCGAGCGGUGAAAAAGUUUGUUGGCUGUGAUGUAAUGCUGGAGCCGGGGGAGUAUGCUGUUGUCUGCUGCGCCUUCAACCACUGGCAGAUGAAUGUCAGUGGGACUACGGGAGGUCCGCCCACGCCCGUCUCAAGCCCCACCAGCGGAGUGCCACGACGACCCAGCCAGGACUUCCCCGGUUACAUCCUCGCUAUCUACAGCUCUAGACAGGUGAUGGUGGAGCAGGUGGAGGCGACCGCCACCACACUGGCUGAUGCCAUCAUCCUCCUCACGGAAAACAAAGGCGAAAGACACGAGGGCCGCGAGGGCAUGACGUGCUACUACCUGACCCAUGGCUGGGCGGGACUCAUCGUUGUGGUGGAGAAUCGCCACCCCAAAUACUACCUCCACGUCUCCUGUGACUGCACUGACAGUUUCAAUGUGGUGUCCACGCGCGGCAGCCUCAAGACCAUCGACAGCGUACCUCCUUUGCACAGGCAGGUGCUGGUGGUGCUUUCACAGCUGGAAGGAAACGCCGGCUUCUCCAUCACCCACCGCCUGGCUCACCGCAAGGCAGCCCAGGCCUCGCUGGGAGACUGGACCCCCACUAAGGCCACCCACAGCCCCCAGCUCACUCCGGACAUUGAUGGCCUGCACCGGCCCAGGCCACUAUGACCACCGCCCACCAUCUCGCAUACGCACAGUCUAUAAUCCAAUAAACUGUCAGACCACUGGAAAUACAGGCAAGGGAGGGCGAGAGGUGUGUGCAGUCCUAAAACAUGGAGCAAGCUGUGUAUUUGUGCGUCUCUUUGGAUGAACACACACCUGAAUGUAAAGCAGAAAUGGCCAGCAUUUACGUGCUAUCCUCCUAACGCUCCACGCACACUCUCCCUUGCCAAGUGGAUGUGCCAAGUCAGGAUGAAAUGAGGGAAGCGGCCACAUGGAGUGACCGGGACUUACUCACAGAAUAAAUUUUCAGCCAGGCCCCAAACAAGAUCCAGUUCAGGCUACUUAGAAUUCUGGACAUUUUUGGUACAAGCGCUGUAAGUGGAACAGAUGCCACCCCUGAGUUUCAUAUGCUUGGAGACGACCCUGCUUUCAGUGAGAAGUCAGGGUGGAGUGCUGUAACUACUGAGCCAUUUUUCCGGCCCACAACCUAUGAGCCAAUCACCCGCAACGAUCAGACACUCACCCCUAUGUCGUCCACAAGGACAUCUGACAAAGCAGGAGACUUCAGGGGGAGUCUCGCCCAGCCCUCAGUACGGUACUUAAUGAGCCAAACCCAUCUUCUAGUUUUACUCAUAUUCAUACAUGUUUUUUUUGUUUUUAUUUGAGAAUAUACACAUCUGUCUUUUUUUUAUAUAUGAGACCCCUGUUGCCGUCUUGUCCAUAUUUGUGUUUUUGAGGUCGUAGAAAAAAAACAUCAUUCAUACAGCACUGUCUCUCCCCGCUCUCCAUCAUCACCGCUGUGCUGUCUAGCGUUCUCUGUAGCUCAGGACCAAACCCGUGAUUUGUACAGUAAGCUGGAGUCGAGCAAAACCUCAAGCUGAUUUUGUGGCAGGUGCAUGGUGGCCAGAUAGCUGGAAUAGCAUCUUUUUGUUGUUACAAGCCAAGCUGUGGUGUAGGGAGUAGUGUUGUAAUGGGGGGUUUUAGCCACUGAAAUACUGACACAUCAUAGAAUUCCCACCCUAGUGCUUCGAUAGAUGUAACAUAUAAUUUUGGCUUUUUUCCCUACAGAGAAACAACCACUGUACCUCCUUUUUUACCUUUCUCUUAUUUUAAUUCAUUUUUACUCAGCCUCAGUUUGUAGUGUGAAGGUGGGAGGCGAAUCAUUACCUGAGCGGCUUUGUACUUUUGUGUUUGUUUGUUUUUUUUGUUUGUUUUUUUUGGGGGGGGGGGGGGGGUACCGAAGGUCAGUGAGUCUAUUUCUCACACUUCAACAGUUUGCUAGUGUGUUGAUUUACACUUUAGUGUACUUAGGGAGUAGUAGAGGAGGUAGUGGCUGUUUGAACAGUCAGUUUGCCAUAGGGGAGCUCUGAAGAGGAGCUGCCAAGUUUACUUUGGGAGGGCAGGGACCAUUUUUUGUUUGCUUGGGUGCAGCGCGAGCAUCUCUGCCGUCCUCCCACAAGAAUACACCGACAGCACAUUAGCGACAGCACAGCGUCCUCGUGUUACCAUGUACCAUUUAGUCAGACUGCUUGCACGCAUAACAAGAGAGGCAAGGGACCUCUAAGACAUGUUUUUACACAAAAAAUAGUGUAGUUCCCUUUCAAUUUGGGUUGUGUUGUUUCAGAUGAUGGGCUGCCUACAGCUGUUUUACGGAUGUCCUCUUAGGGCGCCAACCACUUGUUCUUUCCAAUUUCUCCAGUAUCAAAGCCAUUACUCCUGUUUCACUAAGGAUCUUUCUGUCCUCACUAUGGCAACAUAGGUGUUUAAUCAGAGAGAGGGGAAAAGACUAAUGCGGUACUAUAGUAACAGGAUGGAGUGGGAGACUUCAAGUCAAAGUUGGUGUCUUACUAUUAUGUUGUGAAAUGGGGGUAAACUUGAAAGCUAAUAAGUAAAAUCUCUGGAGCAGUCCUACAAUGAAUGACUGUUUGGUAGAAAAGAAUGCAUUUUUUUUAUGGCAAGAUAAUUUUUGAGUUGAAACAUUGAAGUUCCCACAUGAGAUUCGUGAUUCAGUUCUGGACUUAAGCUCAGUGACAUUGAGUAAAAAAACUUUUUUUGCGUUGAUGCUAGAUGGCAGCACUGUGUCCCCAUGCUCGCAGUCUUAUUUCCUCUGCACAGCCACAUCUGCCAGCGCUGGCAGACUAUACUUCACGACGUCUUCAGGACAGUUUGUAAGAAAACUACUACAGCAGCGUAAGGUUUCUUUGAUGAAACCCCGAAGCUGAAGUAACUGUAAAUAUGUUUUCCAAAGAAACAUAAUGUGUAAUGACCACUUUCAGAUGUCUGUCUGCCCUGUGUGAGUGUGUUCGCAGCCAAGUAGCUGUGAAUUCGGUGUCUAAUUUAUUUUAUAAGUGAUUUGCAGGCCUGUUGCCUAAUGAAUAUUGUUGAAUACUGAAAUGAUGAAUGGCAGAUAAAGGAAUGUGAUAACUUAUGGCUUUAGUUUGAGCCCAGAGGGAUUAGCUUGAUGUGAAAUGAACCUGCACUGAAACACCUGCAAUGACGAGGCACCUCGAAAUUCAGUGUCACUGCUGGAUCACUUUACAUUUACAUGAGAUAGAUAUUUGUUUUAUACUAUGUUUGUUUGUUUUUUUUGGUCAUAAUUGUCAUUUUGGCUCGUGCUGGUGUCCUAUGAACCUACUCCUCUUCUGUGAAGUUGUGGUGGUGACUCUUUUAUGCGUCAUGGGUGCCCUCUGCUGCUGAAGCGGCUGCCACCUGAGAAAAGCUGGUCAUUAACAGACCAGCUAACACAACGCCUUUUCUCUCCUUUGUCUGGUUCUCUCCUUGUAAAUUGUAUAGACUGCAAACAUAAGCCACACAAAAGAUAAAAACAGUAAGAAAAAAAAUUAACUGACCCUUUUUAAACUUGUAAAAAAGUAAAACAAUAAAAGUGAAAGUAUGACGGUAGAAACAAAAAAAUUAAACCUAAUGCUGAAAAAAAAUGGAACUCUGAUGAAUGUGAUAUAUAUUUUAUUGAUCUUUUCUGGCGGGGAAUAUAAAUAUAUGUGUACAAACAUUAUGUACGUUUAAUUUUCAAUCUCAGGUUCCGAUGGACCAAAUAAAGUUUUUUAAAUUAAAA